UCCCAUUUUCCAACAAACCAAACAAAUCCUGUGACGGUCUUUCAAGAACGCGUCGUCUUCAAUCUUCACCAUUAAAGUCAGCCGAGGAGGUGUAAGUCGCCAUUUGCAAGGAAGCUGUUUCCUCCAUACGAUCUUUGGACUUCCGAAGUCCACAUCAUUGACUGGAUAUUAGAGGUUAGAAUUGAGAGAGAGGAGGGUUUUGCUUGCUGUGUGGCUGCCUCUCUCUGUCUCUCUCCACUUAUGCCACUCUGUUUUUUGUUUACCCCUGUUUCUGUUUCCAUCUCUGUCUGUGGCGCCAUAAUUAGUGAAAGUCUCUGAUCGCGAACGAAUCUGCUUUUAAUGCCUUUCGCUUUCACCCUCUUUUUCUUCUUCCGCAGCUGUGCCAUUUCCCCCUCCUUUGCCAGUCCUGUGACAAGAAGAAAGAUAUCGAAACAAGAAACUCGCCCAGCCAGCAUUAACUCUUUUCACUGUUUGCGCAACAGAGAACCUCAGCUCUUUCUUUCUUGUUUUCUUUUUACUCUUCUUUCCCACUUCCUUCUCCUCAAUGAUAUGAUGAUUCAGGAUAAAUAAUUGUUCUCAUUCAUCCGUUCAUUCGUUCAUCGCGUAAUAAAUCAUUAAAAAGAGAUCCCCAGCAUUUACUUUACGCGUUGCAGUUAGUUUCAAAAUCGAACCUUUUUCUUUUGCUUUCUCAAAACAUGUUUCUCUUUGGUUCAAGUUUUUUCGGGACAUUAAGGGUCAUGGGUGUUUUAAUAAGCUGAUUGCAACAGGCAAGGAUGGUAAAAUAUGGGAAGGUAAUAAGUUAAGAUAAGAACAGGGAUGAGGAAGGGUCGGCGAGGCAGAGUUCUAACCACCUAGCUAGCUCUGUAUUAGAAAGAACGCGAUUCAUGGAUAUACGUAGUGAAUCGUACAAAAGCCAAUGCUUCAGAUUGUGAUCGCACACAUCAAAUGGAUGUGUACCAAAAUCAAAAGAAUUUUCCUUACAAAUAAGGAAAUUAGCUACAAUGUUACAUUCUCUAAAAGCAUGAAUAAAUCUAACUUUCCGGUCACGGUCAUUAAGGUUGUUGAUCUGCUUGGCAAGCAGACAAUGGCUAUGUGAGUUCUCCCUCCAGUUAUGAAUGAUAGACAGGACAACAGAAGAGUCCAUUUCAACCUCAAUCUUUCUUAUGCCCUCUCUACCAUGCCAACUCCAUUCCUUCUAACAAAACUUCUAAUAUUUCUACCAACUUCAUUGUUAAGCACUUGCCAAGCCAACUUCACAAUGUAGGCUAGGUUGAGAUUCCCGACAGAUCUCAACCCCAGACCUCCCUCACUUUUAGGCUUGCAAAUUGUCUCCGACACUAAGUGCACCUUACUUUUCCCCUCUCGUCGCCCCUAAACAAAACUUAUAAUAUUUCAAACUUAUUCGUGCUAGCAUAAAUUGCCAUGAUAAGACGGGAAACCUUGUCAACAUUGUUGCACUUGAGAUGAAGAUAUUGCUUAGUUCAUUAUGAUUUUGUGAGAAUACCUUGAGUGGUGGAAGUAAAGGUUCUUCGAGAAUUUUGAGGGAAGGAAGUCCAUAUUACAACCCCAUAAAAAUAUUAUGAUAUGGGAGAUCGAGUUUAGUCGCAAUCACUGAGCAUACUGAGUAUACUUUGAGUGGUGGUGUGCUACUGUGCUUAUUAUUAGGGUUUGGGUGGAUGAGCUUAAGUCGCUUCUAAGGGCCUAGCCAUUGCAAUAUGUGUCCUUAGGAACAGACCAAUAAUAUUGCUCCAUCUAGGAAUGGCCCUGCUUUGACUGGGUAUGGGGCGGGUAUGGGUAAAACCCGCAAAAAGGUUGAUGGCUAUGGGGCAUGUAUGGUUUUGGACCCCCCACGGCCCACCUUAUACCCAUACUCAUACCAAACCCUCCCCCACCAAGGAGGGUUUGAUAUGAGUAUAUAAGGAGUCUAUUGUAACUUGUCAAUGGAAUGAAGGGUAAUUAAAAGAAAAACAAAGUGUUAAAAUGUAAUUGAUGGCAACCAAACCGUAAUUUUCAUCCUCUUAUGUUUUAGUUCCAUAAUUUUGUGCUGGUCGUAUCCAUAUUUGUCACCUUAUUCUUUUAUUAAUGGUGAGUAGUUGAUGGGGCGGGUAUUACCCAUGGGUAUCCGAAAACCGCAAGUAUGGGAAUGAAUUUGUAAAACCUUCCACCGCAUGGGCAAGGGGCGGGUAUGAGUUUGGGUAUUUGGAAAUGGGGAUGGAGUUGGGAUUGUUUUAGACAAACCCGCCCCAUUGCCAUCUCGAACUCCAUCUUACAUCACUUCCGGGUCGUGCGAUCAAGAACCACGAAAUGUUCAUCGCGUGGGCUAGAUGCGAUAUGAGUCCCCUCGUCUGGAUAAAUUGCCUGCCAACAACGUGAUCAUUUUUAAUCACGAAUUACAAACACAAUUUAUGGGAAACACUGCAUCUUCAAGCGAACAAUUUGUUCAUCGCUGUUGUACACUGCAUAUUACCUUGAUCGAUGUUGUCGUCCGAGAUUAACAUACUAAAUCGCUGAACACUACAUCGAUCUAUCUAACCCAAACUUGUAUAGAUUGAGAAUUUUUGUUACAAGUAUUGUGUGAAUUUUUUUUUAAUGAACUUUGACACUUUGGGAAAAAAAAUCCCUAGUUCAAAGAUUUUGGCUUGUGCUUAAAGAUAUUGCUAAGUAGUAUAUAGGUUGAAUAGUAUGCUAUAAAAUCACAAAGGUUGAAUAGUAUAUGCUAUUAAAUUCCACAUGGAAGUGCAUGUGAAAUUGUUUGGUCUCGGCGGAGAAAGUACAUGUGGUGAAAUCUAUUCAUGAGUAAAAAUAAACUAUUAUAUUAAAAUCAAUCAAUGUAGACACUAGACACGAAAUACGACAUCGUAUUAUUGGUUCUGGAAUUCUUGUGCCCAAAUUAAAUACCAGAUUUCAAAAUUUAUUGCAGUGACAGCUUCAAACUCGCUGAGAGAGAUCGUCCUUUUGGUUCCUUCCUGCUACUGCUGGCUGCUGCAAUGCAUCCCCACGAAAAUUGAAUAUCGCUCGCUUUCGGCUCACCCUAGAUAAACACUGCUCGAGCUCGAACUCCCUUUCCCUUCAUUUAAUGCUCUGCUCUGCUCCUCCUGAGCUCUUCUUCUUCUUCUUCUCUCUCUCUCUCUCGUCUUUUGCUGUUACAUGUUUGAUUUUUCACUUGGCAGCAAGCGGCUGUGUCUUUCUUUCCUCUGUUUUUUUUGAGUUUCUCACUCGCUCGCUCUCUGGAAAGUGCGAAGAUCGCAGAAGAAUGGGGAGGACCCCUUGCUGCGAUAAGAAAGGGUUGAAGCGAGGUCCAUGGACGGCUGAAGAGGACGAGAUUCUCGUUUCCUACAUCCAGAAGAACGGCCAUGGCAGCUGGCGUUCUGUCCCUAAGCUUUCUGGCCUCCUUCGGUGUGGAAAGAGUUGCCGGCUUCGAUGGACCAACUAUCUCCGCCCAGAUAUCAAAAGGGGUCCCUUCUCUCCCGAGGAAGAGAAGCUCGUCAUUCAGCUCCACGGCAUUCUCGGGAACAGGUGGGCUGCAAUUGCUUCUCAGCUUCCGGGAAGAACAGACAACGAGAUCAAGAAUCUAUGGAACACCCACUUGAAGAAGCGGCUGCUCUGUAUGGGGCUCGACCCACAAACUCACAAGCCACUCAGCAGCCCCUGCGGCGGCUCCCUGAAAAAGGCACCAGCCUCCCCUGCAACUCGCCACAUGACUCAGUGGGAGAGCGCCAGGCUCGAAGCCGAGGCCCGCCUCGGCCGGGAAUCCUCGCUCUUCAAUAACCCAACACCAUCUUCAGGGAAAGCAGAAGCUGAUUACUUCCUUCGCAUAUGGAACUCUGAAGUGGGCGAGUCCUUCCGCAGCUUCAACAACAAUGGCGGAGAAACUGACAAACCCUGUACUACUGCUACGACUACGAGCACUGCUGUUUGUCCGAGCCCGGCUUCUCAGGCAUCUUCAUCCACCAAAUGUGGGGCUAACAACAGUUUGGCGGGGAUGUCUUCAGCGACCACAAGCUGUCAAAAUGAUGAGAUGGAAUGUAAGAGUAGGAAAUCUUCGGCUGAGUCUUCGAGCUCUAGUGAUAUGGAGGAUUCGUCGGACACUGCGCUGCAACUGCUGCUGGAUUUUCCUAUCAACAACGACAUGAGUUUCUUGGAAGGGGACUUGAAUGAUAACUAUGCUAACUCUUACGGAAGCUCCCUCAUUUGCCAUCUCUGAAGAGAUUUACAGCUCUGUGUUUUUGGCUGCCAUUCUAGUUAUUGUUCUCUGUAGGCGCAAACCAUUUGUAAAGCUAGUAGGGUGGUAGAAAGAGAGGACCAAAAUCUUGUGUUUGCUUAUUACCUUGUGGUUGGCUUUAUCACAGUGCUCCUUUUAUGGGUGCGGCUGGCUGGGUACAGCAACUGAAGUUAAAAGGUGCUUAAUUCAUGUUGUUAACGUCUAAUUUAUGUGUUUUGCUCUUCAUUCACACAAUUUAUGUUUAUUCACUUCAUUUGUGGCAAUAUCAUGCAAUAGUAAUAGAUAUUCAGCAAAUAG